AAUAGUUGACAUAUGUGUUGCUGUCAGUGGGUCAGUCUUCUCAGUCAGAGUGUGUUUCCUCCUCAUCGUCAGGAUGAAGGUGUGGGUCCUCCUGAUGUGUGUGAGCUUUUUCUGUCCAAGGACCGAGGCCGACGACGCCAGAUCGUAUCUGAUCACAGCGCCUCUCUCCUUUCGUCUGGACGCCGUGGAGACAGUGUUGCUGCAGUUGUUUGGUUUCACGGAUGAGGUGACAGUCCAUGUGUUCCUGAAGACCUCCAUGGCUCCGGAUCAUGUGGUUCUGGCUCGGGAGGCCGUGACCCUCAACACCAAGAACAACCAUCAGGCCACCACCAAAGUCAAGCUCCGCCCAGGUCAGCUGGAUAAGAGUGUGAGUCAUGUGAUCCUACACGUCCAAUCAGCAGAGAUCAACCAGCACCUGUCUGUCUCCGUCAGCCGCACCAAUGGCUUCCUGUUCAUCCAGACGGACAAACCACUGUACACCCCCCAUCAGAGCGUCAAGGUGAGGGCGUUCUCCCUGAACCAGGAGCUGGCGCCGGCCAAUCGCAGCGUUUUCCUGACCUUCAAGGACCCGGAUCACACCACAGUGGACAUCGUGGAGAUGAUCGAUGUCAACAACGGAAUCCCGUCGAUGCAGAACCCGUUUAAGAUCCCGGUCAAACCCAAGUUGGGGAUUUGGUCCAUUGAAGCUUCUUACUCUGAUGAUUUCACCACAACAGCGAAAACAGACUUUGAAAUUAAAGAAUACGUUCUUCCCAGUUUCUCCAUCCUGGUGGAACCACAAGCGAACUACAUCAGCUUCGGAAGCUUCAGCAGUUUCAGCUUCAAAGUCUCAGCCAGGUAUCGCCACGGAGCUCCGGUGGCCGAUGGCGAGGUGUUUCUGCGUUACGGCUACGUUAGCGGGAAGAAUCCUCCGGUUAUCAUCCCCAGCUCCGUCAUCAGAGAGACACUGUCCUCGACAGGUGAGGUGGACGUGACGGUGAACAUGGAGAAGGUUCUGUCUAAACACGACGGGCCCAAAGACCUCAACAGUCUGGUGGGGAAGUACCUGUACAUCGCUGUGCUGCUGCAGGAGGACACAGGUGGGAUCACUCAGGAGGCGGAGUUUGCUGCAGUGAAGUUCGUCAAGUCACCGUACAGUCUGAGUCUGGUGUCGACGCCCCCCUUCAUCAAACCUGGCCUUCCUUAUAACAUCCAGGUGCUGGUGAAGGAUCACCUGGACAAACCGGUAAACCGGGUUCAGGUGCGUCUGGUGGAGCGGAAGCUGUUCAGGACGGGGACGGAGAGCGAGGAGCUGCCAUGUCCCGACAGCGCCGACACCCAAUCAGACGGCCUCGCUGUCUUCAUCUGCAACACGCCGAGCCAAGGAGUUCGAGCCGUGCUCAAGUUUGAGACGGCAGACCCCGCCCUCCCAGCAGCCAGUCAGGCGUCUCUGAGUCUGGUGCCGGUGGCGUAUCACUCUCCGAACCAGCGUUACCUGUACAUCGACCCACCGCUGCCCGGCCGCGGCCUGCAGGUGGGACGCUUCGCCAACAUCAAGGUGUACUCGGCCACGCCCUCCUACGUGCCCGUCAGAGCCCUCAGCUACCUGGUGCUGUCCAAAGGGAAGGUUGUGGAUUUCGGCAGUCAGAAGUUCGUCUCCACCGGCGACCACAGACAGAGCCUGAGCUUCGAGGUGACGGACGCCAUGGUCCCGUCCAUCAGACUGCUGGUCUACUACAUCCUGUACGGAGAGGGGACGUCUGAGCUGGUGGCCGACUCCGUCUGGCUGGACGUCAGAGACAAGUGUGUCAACGGACUCCAGACUGACCUGUCCUAUCGUAGUCACGUCUACAAACCAAAGGAAAAACUCCGGCUGGACAUCCGGACCAAUGAGGUCGGUCUGGUGGCUCUGUCGGCGGUGGACUCCGCCCUCUACACACUGCGACCAAACUACAGGGACCCUGUUACCAUGGUUCAGCGUCACCUGGAACAGAGUGAUCAGGGCUGCGGUGGAGGCGGCGGCAAAGACAGCGCUGACGUCUUCCGAUUGGCCGGCCUCACCUUCAUCACCAACGCCAACGCCCACCCGUCAGCCAGCAGUGAGGCGUGUACAGCAGCCGUGCGUGCAAAGCGGGCUCUGACUGACGAAGCGAAGGCAAAGAAAGCAAAGAGUUAUGGUCCCUUGAAGACGUGCUGUGAAUAUGGGAUGAAGUACAUCCCAAAGAGUGUGACAUGUGAUCAGUUCGCCGAGCAGACCUUCAGGAAACAUCUUCGCUGCAAACGUGUCUUCAAAGCCUGCUGCGAGUUCAUCCAGCAGCACCUGGACCAGGACCAGAACCUCGUGCUGGGACGCCACGCGCUGGGUGCGGACUUCGAUGUCGCUCCUUCUCUCGUUCGGAGCUACUUUCCGGAGAGCUGGCUGUGGGAGGUUCAUCCUGUCAGGGUCGGACAGACAUCAGCCAUCAUGUCUCUACCAGACUCUCUGACCACCUGGGACAUCAAGGCCGUCGGCAUGUUCAAGAACGGUAUAUGUGUUGCGGAGCCGGUCCAGGUGUCAGUCAGUCUGCCGCUCAGUGUGGACGUCCCGCUGCCCUAUCAGGUGGUCAGAGGAGAACAGCUGGAGCUGAAGGGCUCCGUGUACAACCAGCAGGCCGACAGCAUCUCGUACUGCGUGACGCUGACGGUCGGCCCGGCGCUAUGCCUGCAGCAGUCUAAGCCGGCUUCUGGAGGGACGGGGCUGCACUCCACUUCCUGCAGCUGGACGGCCCUGCCUGCAGGCGAGGUGGGGAAGGUGACCUUCACUCUGCUGGGCCUGGAGGCUGGAGAACACACCCUGACCUUCACCCUGAGGACACGCCAAGGAGACAGAGACAUCCUGGAGAAGAAGCUGCGGGUGGUGCCUGAAGGACUAAAGAAGGAGGUGUUUUCGGGAGGAACACUGGACCCUCAGGGGCUCUAUGGUUCAGAGAAGAGAACAGUGGAGCUGAAGAACAACCUGCCGACCAACAUCGUUCCAAACACAGCUGUGGAGAGGAUGCUCAUGAUCAGUGGUGAGGUUCUUGGUGACGUCAUAUCAGUGAUGCACAGCCCAGAGGGCCUCCGACAGCUCGUCAACCUGCCGGCUGGCUCGGUGGAGGCGGAGCUUGGUGGCCUCCUCCCUCUGGUCCAGGUGUACCAGUACCUGGAGACGACAGGAAGCUGGGGAGUCCUGGGGACGGACAUCCGUAAGAACUCUGACGAUCUGAAACAGAAGAUCAGAGAAGGUCUGGUCGGUAUCACCUCAUUUAGACAUGAAGACUUCAGCUACAGCAUGUGGACGAAGAGAGAACCCAGCACCUGGCUGACAGCCCUGGCGGUGAAGACUCUGUCUCUGGUGGACCCGGUGGUCUCUGUGGACCAUCAGUCUCUGUCAGACUCAGUGUCCUGGUUGAUCCGCAGCUCUCAGCAGCAGGACGGAUCCUUCAGUGACAACUCGUCCUACAAACCCAACAAAAUCAUGGCUGCAGGAACAGCUGAGGUCGACCAAUCAGUGUAUGUGACGUCCUUCGUGCUGAUCGCCUUACACCGAGCGACGAGCAUCAAAGAUCCCAUCCUGCAGCUCCGGUUCCACGAUGACAGCAUGAAGUCUGCAGCGAACUACAUUUCCCAGCAUGCCCCAGGAGUGAAGAGUGUGUAUGUGCGUGCGGUUGCAACCUACGCACUGACCCUUCAUGACCCCAACAGCAUGGCGGCGUCCACGCUGCUCAGCAGUCUGGAGAAACUCGCUCGAAACAAAGGUAACCCUGCUGUGCUCAGGUACUGGCAGGAGUCUAGCGUGACAGCUGAUUGGCUGAGACCCGACGAGACGAGCGGUCAGACGGUGGAGACGACGGCGUACGUCCUGCUGACUAUGCUGCUGAAGGGGAGGAUCCAGUACGCCAACCCCAUCCUGUCCUGGCUGACCCAGGAUCAGCACUACGGACAGGGUUUCUACUCUGUACAGGACACAGUCUUGACUCUGGAGGCGGUGGCAGAGUACAGCAGAACCGUCCCUCGAGCCGUCCUCAAUCAGGAGAUCAACGUCCGCCAAGGCAGGAAAGGAGCGUUGGAACGAGUCAGGCUGAGCCAGAGCCGACCUGUGGCCACGCCCAUCCAGGUGACGACGGAUGAUGUCAUUGAUGUAUCUACAGGUUAUGGGAGCGGCGUGUCCAAAGUGAAGAUGAGGACAGUUUAUUAUGAGACCACCCCGCCCUCACUGAACUGUAACUUUGACCUCACCAUUGAGGCGGUCGGCCCCGACACCAAUUCCACGAUGCGUUCUCCUCACCUGGUCGCCUGUGUAAAGUAUAAACCUCCUCCUAACGAGGUGUUCACAGAGUCCAGUCUGACGGUGAUGAAGAUCCAGCUGCCAACAGGUGUGGACGCUGCCUACGAGGACCUGAGACAGUUCAGAGACUCAGACGAGCCGACCAUCUCCGACUACAGGAAGGAAGGAAACACUGUGAUCAUUCAGAUGGACUCUGUUCCCUCGGACGUCUUCGUGUGCGUUGGUUUUGGGAUCACGACCACGUUCAGGGUGGGCGGAGCCAGCAAGUCCCUGUUUACUGUCUAUGAGCCUCAGGACAAAGGCAGUGAAUGCACCAAACAUUUCUCCUAUGAGCCUCAGAAGCUGCAGCGCCUCUGUGUGGACGAACAGUGUCAGUGUAUGACAGCUGCAUGUGCUGCCUACAGAGGAAGCAACGACUUGACUCUGACAGCAGCCAAACGUACGGAUGAGACCUGCAAGCCGCACAUCAAAUACGCCUACAAGGUGACGGUGAUGUCUUCAGUAGCAGAGGGAGACUUUAUGACCUACACAGCCUCCGUAGUUGAAGUCCUGAAGAACACAGAUAAAGAGUUUGAGGCGGUGAGUUCAGGGACAGAGGUGGAGCUGGUAAAGAAGGUGACCUGCAGCGCUGUGGAUAUCCAGAACAACAAACAGUACCUGGUGAUGGGAGCCAGCGGGUCACAGGUCAAACUCAGCCAGACCAUCAAGUAUCGUCUUCCUCUGGACUCAGAGACGCUGGUGGAGCUGUGGCCGACAGACUGUGAUACUCCCGAGUGUUUGGACUACAUUUCUAACCUGGAUGACUUCUCUCUGGACCUGCAGUUAGCCGGCUGCCCCGACGCAUCGUAACGCAGCACGCCAGACUGUCGUUAGCUCGGGGAGCUUUGUUAUCUCACAGUUUGAAUGUAAAUGAUUGUAUUCCUGCUUUUCUAAAUUGUGCCUCCAUGUCAUAAUCUGACAAUAAACAGAUAAAUAAA